AUGGCUCGGACAAGAUCAUCAGCAAAUGGUCCGGGACCGCCCUCGGAAACUAGGCGUCGACGACGCCCUGGGCGUCCUCCCACUCAGGUCGCAUCUCGCCCUCUUCAAGAGCAGCCCGAGAGACUCGCCCAACCGUCUUACACGCAACCCCAGACACCGAGAAACCUUCAGACCUUUGCCAGAAUCAUGGGACGGCCGGAUUAUGCAUUCUCGGAGUCACGACAGUCUCUGCCGCCAUCAGCCUAUGGCCCACCAGCUCGUCGUACCGCUCAUGUCAACGGCGAACGAGCCCAGAGCUUCUCUUUAAGUCAGGUCUCGCCGGUUCACAGUGACGCCGAUCAUGAAUUCACAUCUCAGAGUGUCGUUGGCAACAGCAUCAGCAUUUCCGACGAUGAGGAAAACGACGAAGUCAACGACCAGGAACAUGUGGGGCUCAACAGCCAGGGCAUGCACGAAGAUGGAGUCGGAGAUACAGACAUCGGGGACGACGUCCAACCGCACAGUUCGCGCAAGUUAUCAGAGGCCGCUGGCGCCUUAUUUGAAGCAGAGAGACGUUCGCAUUCCGACUCAGACCCAGAUCCGGAUGACCCUUUGGCUCAGGACAAAGUCCAUGGCAUGGACAUGAUGCGCAGUCUCUGUUUGGACGACUUGAAUCAUGCUGCGAAACGUCUUUUUCAACAGCUUUCUAUGCCUGUCGAGAUGCCAAUCUGGGCCGAUCUCGUCGACGUCCACAGGAAAGCCUUCGCCAACUACCUGAGACUGUACGCUGACCAGGAUAUUUUCAUCCCCUGGCGUACUAUCGUUAACUCUCUCGACCCGAAUGUUAAUAUUAAGGCUCAAGGUAUCUUAGCUGCAGCUAAUUUGACUAUUCUUGCCGACGAGCUCUUCCGGGUUGCCGAUGGGACGGACCCGACUGCUCUUUUCGUGCGUUUGGAUCGAGAUUUCCCUGACCCCUUUCUGCCGUGGUCGGACGAUUUAAGCGCCGAAGACGAGCCCUGGAGCUUGACCGACCAAGCUGUUUGUGUCGCCUUGGAGAUCCGGACCCAACACUUCAUUGCGGCCCUCGUGGAAUCGAUCGACGACCAUGACAACGAUCCGGACUAUGUUGUUCAGAUGGUAGACUCCGUCUUCUCCCACACACUAGAUUCAAACGACUCGCUCCCCUUUGCAUCCCAGAGGGAGAGGCUCGUUGCUAGGAUAGCUGGUUAUCGACCUCCGAUCCCCGAUGAUGUGGCAGAAAAGUCUGCCCAGCGAAUCAAUGAAAUUCUACAACAUGAUGCGUUUGAGACGGUUGCCGAAUUCAUUUCAUCUUUGAGACGUGAAUUUCCUCUCACCGGAGGCUCCGGAUUGGUACCAGCACUCAUCGGCUUGGCGUCUGAACAAUUUGGAAAAAUACAAUCCGCCCUUGUCGACGUUCUGGAAGGAUCACCAAGUGCCCGAGGGUCGUCGAUGCCUAUCGGUGAUGCUGAAGGCUCACGACAUGCCUCCCAACCAUCACCCCAAGAUAUUAUUCGUCCACAAGAGUCUAUCGAGAAUCCCAUUCGCAUUAGCAAGAGCACAGUGGGACUGCUCAUGAACUUACGGAACCAUGCAUCGCAACAAGCAAGAGAUGACCGCAGUCAAGCCUCCCGCAUGUCUGACACGGGGAGUGAUGCAUACUUCAGAGGAAUUCUGAGCCGGAUCCCGGUCAAUCGGAUUGCCUCGUCUAGGUUGCCGGGCUCGUCAUCGCGGAACGGACCCAGCCAGCGCGCCGAGCGCCCUCCCACAAGUUCUCACCCGACCCAGAGCCGCAAACGCCGUGGCGCUGAAGAAGACGAAGAAGAAGAAGAAGAGGAAGAAGAAGAAGUGAUAGAAGCGAAUGACGGUGACGAGAGCGACGGCGACUUUCAACAAGAUAGAAGACGUCUCGACGAAGCAAGUCGCCGGGCCGAGAUCGACCGCAGAGCCCUGCCGCCGCCCGCUAAAAGACCUCGCAUAGGCCCACCCUCGUCCAUGCCGUCCACGCGACCCGCGGCGCCGACUAGCACCGCCUUGCAUCCCCAGGCCAGGCAGCGGGUCCGUCGUCGCGACCACCCUGCCCCUAUCGACGACAGGGAAGCCACAGACGACCGAGGCCGAGAAGGGCAAGAGCAGGCCCUGGAUUAUCGCGCCAUCUCCGAGCAAAACCGCAGCCACAACCGUCACCUAGAACAAUUGGUUUCCGGGGAGCAGCGCGUACAGAGACGUGUGCCGUGGUCGAACGGCGAUGUGGACAAGUUGCUCAAAUACAUCCACCAGUUCGACUGUCACUGGGCCAAGAUCUUCCACCACGCAAAUCCAGUGUCUGAAGACAGAAAUGAAGCCCCGCCUCCCUACGCCCCUAGGCAACACUUUGAGCAUUAUCGUGACCAGCAGGCCGUCCGUGAUAAAGCGCGGAACCUCAAAGUCGACUUUUUGAAGUGA